AUGGCUGCAUUGGAAAUGGCCUAUCACGUGGAAACGUACAGCUCGGGAACCCACGGCAGAGCGAUCUGCAACGCCCGCACGCAUCACUGGGUCGCCGAUGACGGCGGCGGCGACGCGGUGGGAGCCGGGGAACUGUUCCUCUCCGGCAUCACCGCCUGCGCCGUGAACAUGGUCGAGCGAAUCGCCUUGACCGACGACUCCCCGGUGGACUUCAUGGAAGUGACCGCCGAAGCCUUCCGCGAUCCGGAAGCAACCCCCGGCGACGUUAGCCUUUACGCCGACGUGCGCAUCCACUUCAAGAUCUGGGGCGUUGACGACGACCAGGGCAACUACCUGGUGGACACGUGGAAAAAGCGUUGA